UGGAGGAUUAUCCUUGUUGGUAAAAGUGGAGCUGGGAAAAGUGCCACUGGAAACACCAUCCUGGAGGAAGAGAAAUUUAUGUCAAAAUAUUACAUGAUCAUUUUGUUCACCCGCAAAGAACACCUGGGUGGCAGAUCCCUCAGAGAAUUCUUGUCAAGGAGUAGUGUAGAUCUUCUGAAUCUCAUUUUACAAUGUGGCAGCCAGUGCCUCACUUUCAACACUAGGAGGGCUUUGAACGAGCUCCCCAGAGAGGCCGUCAUUGUGAAAUAUUUUGAAAAAAUAGGAUCAGAAGCAGAGCUGCCCUGGUCAACCAUAGAUGAUAGUUUGGAAUAUGAGGGGAAAUGGGCUUCUUCAGACUUGCAGAGCACACCUGAUUUAGAGUUUUAA